GCGUGCGGAUGACGUUGUUCGGGUCGGUCGCGGCUCAGGCGCGUCUCGGCCGCCGUGCGCAGCCCCGGGUCCCCGUGUCACCGUCCCGUCCUCUCAGAUGCCCUAGCCUGGAGGGGCAGCAGGAGCGACCUUCCGAGGUCUCCCCAGAAGGGAGACGGCCAUGGAGUCUGUGGUCUUUGAGGAUGUAGCUGUGGACUUCACUCUGGAAGAGUGGGCUUUGCUGGAUCCGGUUCAGAGGAAGCUCUACAGAGAUGUGAUGCUGGAAACCUUCAGGAACCUGGCCUCACUAGAUGAUGAGUCUUCGUGUAAAGCUAGUGGGUCAGUUUCUCAACAGGAUAUUUCUGGGAAAAAAAUAUCCAAGGAACAUAGAAUAACAAAGUUCACAGGAAAUGAUUCUUGGGCCUCCAUUUUAGGAAAAAUUUCGGCAGACCUUAGCAAUGAAGAUCAGCCUGAAAACCAUGGCAGGAAUAUGAGAAAUAUGGUUGAGAGACUCUGUGAAAGUACUGAACGUAAUCAAUGUGGAGAAACCUCCUGCCAGAUUCCAAAUCUUAUUCCGUACAAGAAGACGCCUACAAGAGUCAAUCCAUAUGAAAGCAGUGAGUGUGGGAAAGCCUUCAUGCACCAUUCCUCCCUUAAGAUGCAUAUUGCAGAUCACACUGGACACAAACCAUAUCAAUGUCAGGAAUGUGGGAAGGCCUUUAGUUGUCCAUCAUAUCUAAGAACUCAUAUGAGAAGUCACAGUGGAGAAAGACCUUAUGCAUGUAAAUUAUGCGGGAAAGCUUUCAGUUACCUCCAUUCCUUUCGAAGGCACGAAAGGACCCAUAGUAAAGAGAAACCCUAUGAAUGUAAGGAAUGUGGGAAAGCCUUUAAGUGGCCCUUAUCCUUACAAACACAUAUCAGUACACACACUGGAGAGAAACCAUAUGAAUGUAAGCAAUGUGGGAAAACCUUCAAAUGGCCCUUAUCUUUACGAACACAUAUGAGCACACACACUGGACAGAAACCAUAUGAAUGUAAGCAGUGUGGGAAAGCUUUUAUUUGGCCCACAUCGUUAUGUACACAUAGGAGAACACAAUGUGGAGAGAAACCCUAUGAAUGUGAGCAGUGUGGGAAAACCUUCAGUUGGGCCAUAUCCUUCCAAAGGCAUGUGAGAGUGCACACUGGAGAGACACCCUAUGAAUGCAGUCAAUGUGGAAAAACCUUCAAAUGGCCUAUAUCCUUACGAACACAUAUGACUACACACACUGGAGAGAAACCCUAUGAAUGUAAACAAUGCGGGAAGGCCUUCAGUCAAAUUUCACACCUUCGAGAACAUGUGAGAAUGCAUACUGGAGAGAAGCACUAUGAAUGUAAGGAAUGUGGGAAAGCCUUCAAGUGGUCUUCAUCGUUACUAAAACACAUGAGAAUGCACAGUGGAGAGAAACCAUACGAAUGUGAACAGUGUGGGAAAACCUUCAAAUGGCCAUUAUCCUUACGAACACAUAUGAGUACACAUACUGGAGAGAAACCCUAUGAAUGUAAGCAAUGUGGGAAAGCUUUCAUUUGGCCUACAUCAUUACAUACACAUAGGAGAACACAGUGUGGAGAGAAACCCUAUGAAAUAAUUGUUCUAUAAGUAAGCAGUUACUAGAACAAUGACACUUUAGUAUUUGUUGGGAUUUUUCUUACUGGCAUCAUGUCGUAGAUACUGGCUAUCAGUUUCCCAUUAUAAUAAUUCUACUUCUUUUUUUUUUUUUAAUUUUUUUAUUGUGCAUUAACUGAAAGUUUACAGAGCAAAUUAGUUUCCCAUUCAGUAGUUUGUACAUAAAGUGUUCCACGACGUUGGUUUCAUUCCCCACAAUGUGUCAGCAUUCUCCUCACUUCUGCCCUGUGUUCCCCAUUUCCUUUUGUCCUGAUUUUCUACCCCUUUCUGCCUUCUCAUCUUUGCUUUUAGGCAAAUGUCACCCUUUUGAUCGAGUAUAAUUGAUUGUUCUAAGGAGCAUGUUCCUCUCCAGUAUUACUAUUUUAUGGGCCUGUCUGGCUUGGUUGAAAGGUCAUCUCCAGGAAUGGCUUCAGUUCCAGUUCAGAAGGGUAUCUUAGGGUCACAGUCUCAGGGGUUUGUUUUUAACUCCUAAGGAGCCUUCGUGGCACAGAGGUUAAGUGCUUGACUCCUCAAACAAAAGUCUGUGGUUCGUCACCAGCCGUAAUCCAAGGGAGAAAGAUGUGGCAGUCUGCUUCUGUAAAGAUUUACAGCCUUGGAAACCCUAUGGGGCAGUUCUCCUCUGUCCUGUCGGGUCAGUAGGAGUUGGAAUCCACUUGAAAGCAAUGAGUGUGUUUUUGAUUUGGGUUUUCAACUCUUAAGAGUGCCAUAGCUGGGUCAUACGGUAACUCUGUGUUUAACCUUUAUUUUGAGGGGGGGCUUUAGAUGAAAGUUUAUAGCUCAAGUUAAUUUCUCAUACAAAAACUUAUAUUGUUCUGUGACCUUAGUUGCAAUCCCUGUAAUGUGACAGCACACUCCCCCUUUCCACUCUAGGUUUCCUGUGUCCACUCAACCAGCUCCUAUCCCUUUCUGCCUUCUCAUCCAACCUCUGGACAGGAGCUGCCCGUUUAGUCUUGUGUACCUACUUGAACUAAGAAGCACAAUCUUCACGAGUAUUAUUUUAUGUUUUAUAGUUCAGUCUAAUCUUUGUCUGAAGAGUGGGCUUUGGGAAUGGUUUUAGUUCUGGGUUAACAGAGAAUCUGGGGGCCAUGUCUUCUGGGGUCCUCUAGUCUCAGUCAGACCAUUAAGUGUGGUCUUUUUACAUGAAUUUGAGUUCUGUACUCCACGUUUCUUGUGCUCCAUCAGGGCUUCCCCGUUGUGUUCCCUGUCAGGGCAGUCAUUGGUGGUAGCCAGGCACCAUCUAGUUCUUCUGGUCUCAGGCUGAUGGAGUCUCUGGUUUAUGUGGACCUUUUGUCUCUUGGGCUAAUAUUUUCCUCAUGUCUUUGGUGUUCUUCAUUCUCCUUUGCUCCAGGUAGGUCGGGACCAAUUGAGGCAUCUUAGAUGGCCACUCACUAGCUUUUAAGACCCCAGACGCCACUCACCAAAGAGGGAUGCAGAACAUUUUCUUAAUAAAGUUUGUUAUGCCAAUUGACCUGGAUGUCCCCUGAAACCAUGGUCCCCAAACCCCUGCCCCUGCUCCUCUGUCCCUCAAAGUGUUUGGUUUUGUUCAGGAAACUUCUUAGCUUUUGGUUUAGUCCAGUUGUGCUGACUUCCCCUGUAUUGUGUGUUGUCCUUCCCUUCACCUAAGAUAGUUCUUGUCUCCUAUCUAGUUGGUGAAUACCUCUCUCCCUCCCUCAUUCUACUUUUUUAGUGAGAGAAUUUACAUUUUCCCCCAUUAUUACCAUUGUCCUUAUUCCAUUAUCCUUGCUAGUAAACAGUUGGCAGAAAGUUUUAAUUAGGUAAAGUUCUUCCAAAAUAUAGUCUGAUGUAAAUUGUUAUUUUCAACCUUUGCCCCUUUCUCUUUGACCUUGCUUCUGACUGGGAAUUAGACAAUAGGCUUUGCAUUCAGAUGCCUGUCAUAUGAUAAUGAAAUCUAGAGUUGGAGAUGAUUAUCUUGAAUUGUGUUAUACCAGUGUGAAUUUGAUGGGGAAUUACAUUUACCCAAAUCCUUGGCACAGACAAAGACAGACACCAUGUGAGUAUCAUCUAUAAGCCAAGGAAUGAAGGAACACUCAGGGCUACUGAAAAAGGAAGUAACUGACACACUGAGACCCUGAUUUGGACUUGCAUCUUCUACAACAUUGAGAACACAAUAUUUGUUAAGUAAAGCCACUCACUUGUGGUAUUUGUUUUUAUAGCAGUACUAGAUAAAUUAGAUAAACCAUGGACUGCCAGAAGAACGAACAAAUCUGUCUUAGAAGAAGUACAACCACAAUGCUCCUUAGAAAUGAGAAUGGCAAGACUUUUCUUAUGUACUUCGGACAUGUUAUAAGGAGGGACCAGUCCUUGGAGAAGGACAUCAUGCUUGGUGAAGUAGAUAGAAGGUCAGCAAAAAAGAGGAAGACCCUCAAUGAGAUGGGUUGCCACAGUGGCUACAACAAUGUGUUCAAACAUAGCAACGAUUGUGAGGAUGGCGCAGGACUGGACAGUGUUUUGUUCUGUUAUACAUAGGGUCACUACAAGUCAGAACCAACUUGAUGGCACCUGACAACAACAACUAGAUAACUAAGACAGAAUUUGGUGCCAGAGAGUGGCAGUCUGCUCUAAAAAAUACCUACAGUGUGGGAAGGGCUUUGGCCCUUUGGUUAACGGAUAGAAGCUGGAGGAAUUUUGAUGUGCUUCAUGGUAAAAGCCUGUUUUGGUUUGAAGAGACUGUUGGUAGAAUUGUGGACAUUAAUCGCAGUUCUGAUGAAGGGUCAGAAAGAAAUGAGGAAUCCUGUAGAGACAGCUUCUAUUGCCAUAAACAGAAUGUUGCUAGAAACAAUGUUAAAUAUGCUUUUGUUGAGGAUUUAAAAGGAAAUGAUGGACAUAUUAUUUGAUACUGAAGAAAGGAUGAUCCUUUAUAUAAUGUGGCAAAGUACUUGUCUAAAUUAUGUUGAAUGUUUUGUGGAAAGUAGAACUUGUAAGUGAUGAACUUGAAUAUUUGGCUGAGGAGAUUUCUAAGCAAAAUCUUGAAAAUCCAGCCUGGUUACUCCUUGCUACUCAUAGUAGAAUUAGGGAGGAAAGAGAGAGACUUAAAAAUAAAUUGUGCAAAAUGAAACCAGAACUUAAAGGUUUGAAAUAUCCUGUUGUACAGACUAAGAAAUUGUGCUCUGAAACUUUCAUCAAGAACAUGGCUACACAAUCUUUUGCUAAAAGAUUUGGCCUAUGACUGAUAGAUCUAAUCAACUACCUCAGCAGAAAUCCAGUCAGCUUAGACUGAGAGGGAUGGAGACAGGACAAAACGAAGGAAAAUUUUCUGCCCUGUGCAAUUCUAUGGGCAGAAAACUUGGUUGUGAAUAUCUCUUGUCCUCCAAGAAAAGAAAAAUGCCAUCCCAGGUGCAGCUUGGAGAUCAGCGGGAGCACAGCGGGGACAGUGCUGCCUCAGUUUCCAAGGGUGGAGCUGCCAUGUCAGUGGGCCAAGAUAACGGAGCCGCCUGAACUCGGGUGGACUAGGAGAAUGGGGCUGCUAGAGCCAAGGGAGCGGGAUGUCUGUCCCAGUGGACUUAGAAGGUGACGCCCAGAGUACAGAGACUGUGGCCUAUGCCCAGAGCCUGGUGGGCAGGCCGUUGCUCAGAGGUUUUCGGGGAAGAGAAGAUUAUUUUCAAUCCCUAAGAGCUAAUGAAAUUUGUUCUGCUGGGUUUUGGACUUAUGUUGGACUUGUGACCCCUUCUUUCCCUCCAGUUUCUCCCUUUUGGAAUGGCAGUGCCUACCUGUACCUGUCCCACCAUUGUACAUUGGAAAUGGAUUACUUGUAGUCUAGGUUUCACAGGUCAGUAGGUGAAGAGGAAUUUUUUCCCAGGAUGGAACACGCCCAGAGUCUCACCCAUGCUUGAUUUAAAUGAUUGAGAAGAUGAAAUUUUGAACUUAGAGUUGAUAAUGAAUAGGUUAAGCCUUUUGUGGAUGAUGUGAUAGGGUGAAUGUGUUUUGCACAUGGGAAGAAGAUGAAUUUUGGGAAGCCAGUGGGUGGAAUGUUACGGAUUUAAAUGUGUCCCUGGAAAUAUGUGUUGGAAUCCUAUCCACUAUACUUGUGGAUAUAAUCCUGUUUAGACAUAGGGUUUCUUUGUUAUGUUAAUGAAGUCAUACCAGUGUAGGGUGUGCCGUAAACAUAAUCACUUCUGAGUUAAGAGCAGAAUAGACCUAGAUACAGCACAAACAGGUGAAGACAGGUGCCACAGGUGAAGACAGGAACACCUACGGCUGCUGACAAGGAAGGAAUCCACAUGACUGGGACCCUAAUGGACUUUUAGCUUCCAUAACUGUGAGAAGGUAAAUUUCUGUUCUUUGAACCCACUCGCAUGCGGUAUUUGUCUUACAGCAGCAGCAUAAGUAAGACGAUUUGAGACCCUUGAAGAGGAAAAUUUUCAAUGCGUUUUAUAGGAGGAGAAGGUGGAAACUUUGUUUUAAUGACCCACAAAGCCUCCAAAAGGCCAUUUCCUUUUUCACAGUUAUCAUUUGCAUAUGCCUAGAUGUCUAGCACUAGCUAGGACAGAGGAAAAAAAGUGGCACCAUUGUGUUUUCAUUAUGGAGCAAAGAUAAUCUUUCUCCAUUUUCCCCAUGUUAAUUCAUGUUUUUGUAUCACUGCAGAGGUUGUGAUUUGGAGAUCUGCCUCUCAUUUGAGCUGUCACCCACAUCGUCCCUAUUAUCAUGCCAGUUGAGAGAGUUGAUCACAUAGCCCACAGAAUUUUGCCAGCUAAGCUCACGUAACUCACUGUAAUACGACCUCUCAGUUUUGAAGACUUCGUCUGCUCUGCUACCUGUACUUGGUUCUGUCAAAAAAGUAGAAUAUGGAUCAGUGCUGGAAGACAGGCACGGUCACUCAGUUUUACAAACACGGCAUCACAUUUUACAGAACGCCUCCUCGGGCUGUAGGGCAUUCAUUUUAUAGGACAUGGUGGAAAAGGCAAAGGUAGAGAGAUCUAACACAGAUGAGUGGUUGUGGGUGGGGUUUUGAGUACAAAUGGGCCCACAAGAGUGUUCUUUUGGGGUGAUAGAGUGUUCUGUACCUUGAUAGCGGUGUAAAUAUGCAUUUAGGGAAACUUAAAAUUGUGAAUUUCAGUGUAUAUGUAUUUUAAGAAAUAAACAUAAAACUAGCCAACAACCAUUUCAUAUGCUAAGAGGAUACUUACCCUCUUAAAGCUUGGUUUAUGAGUGUGGAACAACACUUCUUUCUGUAACCUUGGGACCCUUCUUAGGAAGAACUGAAGGACUAGGGAAGAAGGACUUGGGCCCCUUUUGUUCCUGUGAACCACUUCGUAGUUAGGAAAACACCCUCUAGGAUGUCCUCAGUUCAUAGGCAUAACUGGGGGAAGUGGGUUGCCUCCUGGAAUCUGCCUUUGUGGCUAGACCAGGUUCCUGGGUGUAACCUCAGAGACCUGUGGGGAUGCUAUCCUCCUGAAACAUGAAGGCACACCUUCAGUCCUCCCCAAGGAUGACCUUGCCUGGGGAGUUUCUAACCCACAAGAUCAGCCCAUCUAGAGUGCCAUAACUUGGGCCGUGACAGGCCCCUGCCUCCCACGGACUCAGGUAUCCCAUCCUGUAGCUCUCACAGAGACAGUGAGGACUCAGGAAAUUUCUCACUGACCACGACUUCUGAAGGAACCUCCUUUGGAAACUGGUUUAGAUGCAGGGAGAUAGCCUUCCACCACAUGGGAUGAACGUGAAUGCAGUUCACUCUGUGAAGCUCAAGUUGACAUGUGCCUGUGACGGGGUCUGUGCACAAACCCCAGUGUGCCUGUGUCUGUUGAGCAAGGUUGUUCAGUAAGUACUUACUGAAGCUCUUGUGGGUAACUGGCUGUUACGGAUUGAAUUGUGUCCCUCAAGAGAUAUGUGUUGGAAGCCGAAUUCCUGUAUGUGUGAACAUAAUCUAAUGAAAUUACAUUCCCGAGUGCAAUCUAAUGUGGUAGUAUCAGUCAGUGGAGGGCCUAUCAGUGUAUGGUAAGUCCUGAACAUACCCACUUUUGAGUUACAUGAAGAGCAGCAUGGAAACAGAAGGGGCCCUGGUCGUGCAGUGGUUAAAAUGCUCAGAUGCUAACUGAAAGGUCAGUGGUUCCAACCCUCCAUCCGUACCGGAGAAACAUACGGCAGUCUGCUCCAGUAAAGAUUACAGCCUUGGGAACCCUGUGGGACACUUCUGCUCUGUCCUGUAGGGUCACUAUGAGUCAGAAUCGAUUCGAUGGCGGUGGGUUUGGUUUGAGUUUGUAGAUUACGGAGAGGUGUGUUCAGACCUGGCGCGGGGGGUAGGGCUGGAGACGGCUGCUGUGUGAGGAUCAUCACAAGCUAAGGGACAAGGCAACGCCUGGGACCACCUUGAAAGGAAGGCAUUCACAAGAGUGAGACCUUGAUGUGGACUUCUAGCCUCCACAACUCGGAGGAAAUAAAUACCUGUUCUUUCAAGCCCCACCACUUGUAGUAUUUCUGUUACAGCAGCAGGAGACUAAAACAUGGGCCCUGUUGUAGAUGCUGCAGUGAACAAAUUGGAAAAAUUUUCCCUGUCUCCUUGAAACUGGAGUUCUAGGUGACAAGGAACAAGGGCAUAAGUGAAAUAUACAAGGUAAGGGUGGUGGCACAUCCUCUGGAGGAAAAUAAGGCUGGAGCAGGGGUGGUGGUGCUGAAGGCCAGGGCCGGCUGUGUCUGUGGGGGAGGGUGCUACUCCCUCUGGUACCACUGCCUCUGAGUGGGUCUGUGUCAGGGUGUGUCACCUGCAUUUCCCAGUGACAAAGUCUGCGUGAUUUUGUGUGCCUGUCUGCAGGGCCUUGGUCUGUGUAGCAGUUCCGUGUGUUCCUGUGGUGGUCCCUGUGACCGGGCAGAAGUGUCUGCCAGUGUCUGUCUCACUGCAUGGCUGCGGUGUGUCAGUAUGUCUCUGUGUGUCGUCCAGUCUGUGUGUGUGAUAAAACUGAAAGGCACAGCAGGCCCAGAUAAACUUACAAGGGAAUUGUAUUUAACAUUUCAGAGGUGCAUGUUUGUAUUACAGUGAACCCCGUGAGAGCCGGAACUUGGUGGGACUGCCUCGUUUUUCCAGGUCUUGCGAGUUUUCUGCCUUUAACAGGGUACUGUCUUAUCCUUUUUCUAUUGCUUGUUUCAGUAGAAAAUAUUUGAGUUUUCUUUCUCUGACAGGUUUCUGCCUUACACAGGUUCCAGCUUUUGCAGGUUUUCCUGUUUUAAAUUUUUCCAGUUUAAAAAGGAAUAAAUCGCACUGGCCCUUGUAUUGAGGGACGCAGGCCCUCCCGCCUGGCCCCGCGUCCAGAAGGAGAUGCAAGAGGCCCCGGAGCUGGGGGAGAA